ACAUUGUAAGUUAUUUAAAAGGAGCAGUAACGAAGCCAGUACUUCAACAAUUCAGUUCAAUCAAAUGCCCAAGGCCGAAACCCCUUUCUCUCUCAGCAAAGUCCCAAAGAAAACGACCGCCAUAAACCAAAACUUUUGUUCUCUGUCUUAAAAUCACUCUACAAUUUUUCAUUCCCAGAUUUUAGUUGAAGAAAUGGCAUGGAAACUGGAGAGAGUAUGCUAUAAAGAGAGAAAGUGAAGUAUAAAGGGAGAAUUUUUUUCCUGAUAUGGCAUGCCAGAGUUAGGAGGAGCAUUGCAUUGAAGUAGUUUGUCCAAAUUUCGAUUUUGGUUUUGUGUUUUUGUCUUUCCCUUGGAAGGAUCGUUUCCAAAAGUUGGAUCACUUGAUUCUUCUUUGAAGAAAAAAAAAAAAAAAGAAAGAAAGAAAAGGCAAUGAAAAGUAUUGGUGUUCAUCUAUUCUUCCUUGUAUAUCUUGCUGCAAUGGCAUCUGUGUCUGUGCAAGCUUUCACUGGAACAUAUGGUAUUAAUUAUGGAAGAAUUGCAGAUAACAUCCCUUCACCUGAUGAAGUUGUAACACUUCUUAGGGCAGCAAAAAUAAAGAAUGUUCGAAUUUAUGAUGCUAAUCACAGUGUCCUCGAAGCAUUUAGUGGGACAGGGCUGGAAAUUGUGGUUGGACUCCCAAAUGAAAAUCUGAGAGAUGUUAGUGCCAAUGCAGAUCAUGCUAUGAAUUGGGUCGAGGACAAUGUGCUGGCGUAUCUUCCUAAUACACAUAUUCGUGGGAUCGCUAUAGGGAACGAAGUCUUAGGAGGGAAUGAUGAAUAUUCGGGAUUUCUUGUGGGUGCAGUUAAGAAUGUUUACAAUGCAGUAAAUAAGCUUAAGUUAAGUGAUGUAGUUCAGAUUACCACGGCACAUUCACAGGCUGUUUUUGUUAAUUCCUUCCCUCCCUCAUCAUGUGUUUUCCGAGAUAAUGUUGUUCAGUACAUGAAGCCACUCUUAGAGUUUUUCUCACAAAUUGGCUCCCCCUUCUGUUUAAAUGCUUACCCAUUUCUAGCUUACAUGUAUAGUCAAGAGCAUAUUGAUAUUAAUUAUGCUCUCUUCCUACCAACAGAGGGAGUGAAUGAUCCGAAAACUAAUUUGCAUUACGAUAACCUGCUUGAUGCUCAGAUUGAUGCAGCCUAUGCUGCAUUAGAAGAUGCUGGAUUUGAAAAGAUGGAAGUCAUCGUCACAGAGACUGGGUGGGCUUCACUCGGAGAUGAGAAUGAAUCUGCAGCAACAACAAAUAAUGCAAGGACAUAUAAUUACAACUUGCGAAAAAGGCUGGCAAAGAUGAAAGGAACUCCACUCAGGCCAAAAAUUGUGGUUAAGGCAUAUAUUUUUGCAAUCUUUAAUGAAAAUAUGAAGCCUGGAGCAACUUCUGAGAGGAAUUUUGGACUGUUUAAACCUGAUGGGAGCAUCUCGUAUGAUAUUGGGUUUCAAGGACUUCAAUCUUCAUCUGCAGAUUCAUCACUGUUUUCUUCAAAGGAUAUUCAAGCUCGCGGUUGGUCUAGCUCCUAUGCCAUAAUAUUAACAUUCUCUACUGCAUUACUGCUUGUGUUUCCAAGAUAGUGGUUGAACACGUGUUGGAGCUCAUUCUGUUCUGCAAUUUGAUGCCAAGCCAGCACCCAGAAAUUCGAUACCUACAGGUUUAUUACUUAUUUUUAUGUCAUAGGUUUAUUACUUAUUUUUAUGUCAUACUUCAGAGAAUUAAAAACAAAUACACCUGAUUUUUGUACCAUUGGAAACACAUGCUGGAAAUUGCUGAUUAUUUCUUCACAGAUCUCAGAAAAUGCAUAUUUCUUGCGCC